GUUCUUCUCUCUACCUGCACCGCCCCUGCCAGCCAAGGUCAAAGGCCUGACUACUGCACCCCAAGCAAUACAACAUUAUUGUGACUACCAUUUCACACUCAUACACACACAUACAUGAAGAAGGCCAGAGGAGAACAUUCCACAACAGCAAAGAGCCAGGCGGUACGAACAUCCUGAGGAAACAACACUCACUUCCUGGCAAAUUAAGCCAAGCUGACGGCUGCUCGGGUUGAUAACCGCCACCGCUGGCUGACCACUGAGCUGGCUGAUGUAGUGCACCACCUUUGUGUCCACUCCCACCCACCAGAAUAAGAUCUGCCCCACAUACACAGUCAGCCAGCCUAGCCACAAGUCCGUUAACCCCCAGGACAGCCAGCAGCGUCGGGAGCCUCAGUGUCCCUCAGACAGGAUGGGCCUCCUACUACUGCUCACCUCCACGCUCCUGUCCAGCUACUUCCAUCCAGGGAGAGUGGUGAACGCACAGCAAUUAUUUACAAUAAAAGAAGUCACCCUGUCCAUCGAGCCCAGUACUGAUGUGACUCGGGGCACCAAUGUGACUCUGAGAUGCCGGGCCAUCGUCAGCAGCACUGGGCAGGAUGUGCUGAGUCGUGAGUACACUAUAUACAAGGACGGCAGCACAGUCUACACCAAGACUUCCAGCACCUCUGAGGAUCUUCUGUACCCUCUGACCGAGGCCAGAGUCUCCAACACCGGCAAAUAUACAUGCAGAAUAAACAUUGCAGAGAGACAGAUGACCAGCAAAGCCAAGAAACUCACAGUAACAGGCCUGUCAAAACCAAUUCUCCAGCUUAACAAGAGCGUGGUCAGUGAAGGGGAGGAGCUAACGGCCAGGUGUACAGCGCCCGGCGAGACGGGCUCCAUUUUCUUCUACUUCUACGUUAACUCCGAAGAGAGCCAGUUGAAGCAAGUCAACACCAACCACGCAGAGGCCAAGCUUCACAUCAGCAAUGUUAGCAUCCACAAAAUUCACUGUGCCUAUACGGUCCUUAUUACGCCAGACGCCUUCAAGUCUGUGGACAGCAACACCAUCACUGUUACAGUCAAAGAGCUUUCGAUCGCACCAGUUUUGGAGAUUUUCCCUCAGUACAAGAUUUAUGAAGGAGACCAACUCGUCAUCUUGUGCACCAUCAGCAACUCUCGGCACAGCUCUAAAAAUAUCACACUCGACCUGACCCAGGGGCCCAAGCUUCUCGGCAGAGGAGACAACAAAGUCAACCACAGCAUGGUCGCAGUGGCAAAGGACCCAGGGGAGUUUGAGUGCAGAUUAGAGAUUGGAGAAUUAGUGAAAGUUGCCACAAAGACAGUUUCAGUGAUUGAGCUUUUUUCAGUGCCCACUCUCACCAUGUCUCCAGCUGAAGUCUUUCAAAAGGAACAUAUGAAACUAACCUGCAAAAGUGAGAGCUAUGCCUCUGAAAGACUUAGAAAGGAGGAGUUGACUUACACUCUUGAUCCACCCGAAAGCCCACUGAUCCCCAGCGGCACUGGAGUAUUUUCUGGCAAGGCCCUGCAGUAUGAUUUCAACUAUACCUGUGUAGCUCAAGCCCAGGGCAUCACGAAACACAGUGAAACCCUUACUGUACGUCCCAAAGUUUCUGUCUCCACUCCAAAGAUCUCGGUGGUUGGCAGGGCAGUCCUAGGACAGCCCUUCAAGAUCCUCUGUCAGUCAGACAUAGGCAGCCUGCCGAUAAACUACACUCUGCUGAGGGAUUACGACCCACUGGGCACAACCAGCGUCAAGCUCUUACAUGAACAAGCUCUCUUCACAGUCACCAUCACCAAGCCUGAUGAAAUAAGCAAGUACAUGUGCGAGGCAAAGAAUAGCCACAAGCAAGCCCCUCUCAGUAAAAGACUCAACGCUACUGUCAUAGUGCCUCUGUCGGACCUGACUCUGCUCGUCGUCCCCCCCUUAGCAGAAAUCUCUGAGGGAGAUCAACUCUACCUCAUAUGUGGUGUUAACGGCACUCCGCCGGUCACCUUUAAGUGGUACCGUGUAGGCACUGAACAGCCACUGCAUACCACCACCUCCAACACCAACAACAGCGACUACAAGAUCUCCUUGUUGUCCAAAGAGCACAGUGGCCGGUACUACUGCGAGGCUGUCAACCAUGCCAACAACGUCGUCCGCAGUGACCCGGUCAAAGUGAACGUGCACAUGGCGAUAUGGAAGAAAGGAGUGAUCGGGGGGUUCUGUCUGCUGGCGGUGUCGGUGUUGGGGGUGGUGUGUGUGCUGUGCUUCAGAUCCAAGAGAGGUAAAAGAGAAGCAGCUGCUGAAUUGUCAGUAAAGCCUUCGAGCCCUAAAUCAGAUGACUCUUUAACAGUGAAUCUAACCCACGACACAGAGGUUUAUAACGCAGCCACAGACGCAGCGCCACUCUAUGAUGGCAUGGAGGGGAGAGUGACCAAGGGGGUGCGAGAUAGCGCGGCAUCGCUUCCCGCUGACAUCAGCAACAGGAGCAGCUACAGCCACAGUGUAGAGAUGCCCCACAAUGGGCGGGACUUGAAUUAAAUUUUUUAAAAAACUUUCAAAGAAAAGGAAGCUCUAAGAAAGGACUUUGAGAGCAGUAAUCCUUUUUUUGUGUUUGUUGUUGGAUUUGGACACUUUCUUCACUGAUGAGUUUUCUCAGUGAAAAGGAGGGGCGUGUUAUGAAAAAAUAUAAACCAGGACCCGUUGCUCCCUCUCCCCUCCUCCUGCAAUAUAGAAGGCCUGUUAUUGUAUACUUAACAUUACUGUCUUUGUCCUUUGUUUCUUCGUUCGCCAUGUCCGUGUGUGUUCAUGUCCUUUAUUGCUGCAACUGCUCUAUUUGUCUGAUGUGCAUGUUUAAAUGGGUUUGGUAACAAUGAUUUGUAUGUACAUUUUUAUCACCUUCACAGGAAAUGUGUGUAUAUAUUUUUGGUUGAUCCCUUGACUGACUGGAAGAGACACUUGUAGAAUAAAGAGGUUUUAUUUAGAA